AUGAAGCCCAUCGAACGCCUCUUCACCGCGCCAACCAUGUCAUGCUGUGGAAUUAGGCGUGGGCAAGAAUACCUGCUGUCACUGAACAGACGGGUAGGCAGAAACAAUGGGAUGAGUAGAAUGGCCAGAUUAUUACUGUCCUCCCUGGGGGGAAAACCUCCAGCAGGAGGGGGUACAACACGGACGGAGGAACCUGCACCAAAGUUAGGAAAUGUGCACAACGCAAGUAGAGAUUCCGCAAAACAACACCCGCGGGUAGACCCCCCCGUCAGUUUGCCAUCCAACCAAACGGAUGACGACGCAGUGACGAAGGAAAUAUACGACAAAAUAUUACAGGAACAUAAGCUUCUCCGUGGGAGGCGAACUAGCAAUAACAAUAGGAAAAAAAAAAACUGUGAAAUAGUACCAAGUGGAAGAAGUAGUACUUCAGUUGAUGUGCACACAAGCCGUAUUAGCGAAAUGACCAAAGAGAAAGUUCUGUCGUUGGUAAGAAGUCAGUCUGGGGGGAAGAUCCAGAUGGACGCCAAGAAGGGAGAAGUAGAAAAAGGCAAAGACGUCCCAGCAGGGAAGAAACCAGACGGACUAACAAUACCCCGCAAAGAUAACCACUUGACUGUUGCGCAAAAAAAAGCAGACACCUCCGUCGAAUGCACAGAGGAAAAAAACAUACACAACAUGCUACACCUUAGCAAACGCAACAACAUAAGUAUUACUGAGAAGAAAAAAAAUGAUCAUUUUUUUAAAAUUUUUUUUUCCUCCAAAAAGGUGAAAAUAAUAAAGUCACAAAACCACCCCAUUUUUAUCCACCUGUACAAGCUAGCCACGGAUGCAAAAUAUCGAGAGAAGCAAGAAAAAAUAUUAUUGUCUUGCAAGAAAAUGAUCCUGGAGAGAGAACAGAAUCACAUUGCACGGAUUUACACAAACAGUAUUGACAAUUUAAGGGACUUUCGGUGCUUUGAUAAUUUUAUACUUUUGUCCAACAGGCUGCUUAAACGGGUAGCCUUUCUUUAUUCCUUUAAAAAUGGCGUCUUGGCUGAAGUUGCACACACGUUCCAGUACGACGAUGUAGGUCUCCCCCGUCUGGCCCUGUGCUUCUGCGAUGUGAACUGCGGGGGGGGAGGCACUGAAAAGGGUGAAGAAGCGCAUCACUCAUAUGGGGGGGAUCAUGCCAACAUGGAGACGAACCUUUUUAACAGAACAACCCCCGUAGGGGUAUCCACUGAACGUUUAUGCAACGGAGACAUUGGGACGCUCAUCCGGAGUUGCUUCCUCCUUAAAUGGCAGUGUGUUUUUAACGUGCAAGGACUGGGCCAUAUGAACAAGGGGAAGACGAAAGAAAGCAAAGUCCCAUCAAGGGGAAAUACGGAUUGGCAAAAAGUAACGAAUACACGUGGUACUACCCGGAAGAAGCCACACAUAAACGAUAUUUACAACAUCGACUUUUUCCACCCUCUGACGUUGCGCGCCUCGGCGGGUCACCUGCUGGACAUCCCCUACAAGAAAAUAUCCUUCACCGAGCUGCACAAAUACGCCCGCGAGAAUAAAAUACUCCUCCUUAAGUACAGAAUCGGGGGGAGUGAACAAAGAAAUGGUGACCCAAAGGAGGAUAACAUUUGCUAUAACGCAGAUGACUUGUAUAUCCACUACAACGGCAACCCUUCCGAGCAGGUGAAGCCCUUCUUAAAUUUGCUGGCCAAAGCUAAGGGAGUGUUUCUCCUCCUGGAUAACUGCAACAAUAUUGAGAGGGAGUAUCCCGUGAUGCACCGCAAUUACGUGGACAUUGGGUUAAAUAUUCCCCACUCCAGUGACGAUAGAACCUUCGAUCGGGUCUACUAUGUGAACCUGCUAAACAAUAAGGACAAACCCCUAGACGUCGUUGCGGCGUACUCCAUUCUGAUGUAUAUCCUCAAGACAAACUUCUUUCGACACGUCCCUCAGUCGUGUUACGUAUGCGCGGAGUGA